GUUUCGUUGAUGCGUCCGGCAUGUUAUCCACCUGGAAAAGUGAAGCUGAUUGCUGUGAGUGGAGUGGAGUAUCAUGCAGUAAUUUGACCGGUCAUGUUAUCCAGCUGGCUCUUUUUUACAAGGAAUUGAGAGGUAAUAUCGAUUCCUCAUUAUGUGAUUUGCGGCAUCUAAGUCACUUGAAUCUCGAUGGAAACAAUUUCGAAGGGAGCAAAAUUCCAGAAUGCAUUGGCUCACUUGGUCAACUAAGAGAGUUGAGUAUUUCGGAUGCUUCAAUUGGUGGCACUAUUCCUCGUGGACUGCAGAAUCUAUCCAGUUUGGAAUAUCUCGACCUUGGCUAUAAUGAUUUGAUUGUGAAAGAUCUUGAGUGGAUUUCUCACCUUUCUUCUUUGAGAUCUCUUUACCUCUCAGGCGUUAAUCUGCGUCAAGCUGUUGAUUGGCAAUCAUCAUUAUCCAAAGCUCCUCAUCUAUCUAAGAUUUACUUAGUAGAUUGUGAUCUUAUAUCUCAUCAUUUCAAUCCCGCAUCUUUUGUCCACACAAACUCUUCCAAGUCCCUCAAAGUCCUUUCUCUUGCAGGAAAUAAUUUAGACUCUUCAAUCCUACCCUGGUUGUCUAACGUUAGCAACGUCUUAACAGGUCUUUAUCUCGGUGAUAACGCUUUGGAACAUAUUUUUCCAAAUACUUUUUCAAAUAUGAAUUCUCUUGAAUCUUUAUCUCUUGAUGGUAAUUCUUUGCGACAUAUUCCUUCGGAUGCUUUCCCAAAUUUGUGCCGAUUGAAAUCGUUGUCGUUGAGGAACAACAAUUUUUCAGGUCAAUUAAGUGAUUGGAUACCACAGUUAAGCAAUUUAUAUCAUCUUGACAUUUCAAGCAAUUUUUUGUCGGGAAAACUUCCUGAUUGUUGGGGACAACUUCCUUCCUUGAGGGUUCUGAGAUUGGAAAACAAUCAUUUCUCUGGACCAAUACCAAACUCAGUUGGUACUUUGAACUUUCUUGCAAGUAUCCAUUUGAAUAGCAAUAACCUCUCUGGGAAUUUGCCAGCUUUGAUGAAUUCUUCGUACUUGCUGUUCAUUGAUUUUGGACAGAAUAAUUUGACUGGAAAAAUGCCAUCAUGGAUAGGGCAGUAUUGCCACAAUUUGAUUGGCUUACGUUUGCAAGCAAAUAGGCUUCACGGAAGCAUUCCUACAAAUUUAUGUAAUUUGCCACAUCUUCAAAUCUUAGAUCUCUCAAAAAAUAAUUUAACAGGAAAUAUACCUCAUUGCUUUGGUAAUUUGAAUGCUAUGUCAAAUAUGACAUCUAUGAGCCCAGAAAUUUCUUAUAAUGUUUCUAGAAACGGUAUUGAAUCAUCAUUCAUGGACACAGCAAUGUUGUCAUGGAAAGGAGCAUAUGUUGAGUACAGAAAGAAUCUUCGAUUCAUGAAAACCAUUGAUCUCUCAUGCAAUGACUUAACAGGAGAAAUCCCAAGUAGCAUAGCUGCACUUGUGGCAUUGGCUUCCCUGAACUUGUCAAGAAAUCAUUUGAAAGGAUGCAUUCCUAUCAACAUGGGUCAAAUGGAAAGGCUGGAAUCACUUGAUUUGUCAUACAACUCUCUUUCUGGUGAAAUUCCAAUCAGCUUCUCAAAUUUGAGUUUUCUCAGUAUGUUGAACUUGGCCUUCAACAAUUUAUCAGGAAAAAUUCCAACGGGCACCCAACUUCAAUCCUUCAAUGCCUCCGGUUAUAUAGGAAACCAGGGGCUUUGUGGCAUGCCACUUACAGAGAGAUGUCCAGAAGAUGGGAAUUCAAAUCUGAAUCCCAAUAAUGCACGUGACAUUGAUGCAGAUGGAGAUGAUAAUCUCAUAAGCUUUGGGUUUUAUGCUAGCAUGGCUCUUGGCUUCAUUACUGGGUUUUGGGGAGUUUGUGGGACUUUAAUUCUCAAAAAGUCUUGGCGGCAUUUCUUUUUCCACUUCUUUGAAAACACGUACGACUGGAUUUAUGUUCAAGUUGCUAUUUUGAAGACAAAGAUAAAGAGAAGAUUCCAACACUAACAGAUGGUUGGAGAAAGUUGCAGAAAUAAUCAUCCUGCUGGCGAGGUUUCAACUACAUUUGGGAAUGGGAUGGUGUAUUACAAGUGAGCACGACUGGAUCUGCUCUUCUAUUUUACUUUCUUGUUUUGUCUGUAUUUCUUUCUCUUUAUGUAAGAUGAAAGCCAGGUCACUUGUCAGCCGCUGCAAAGUUCCCUAAUCUGUGU